AUGGCGAGCCUGACCGAGCCCCUCACAUGGCGCCCUCGCGCCCGAGCUCUUCAUCAGCCCCGCGUCACCAGAGUCAAGCCACCGGCCGCCCGAGCCUUGUGCGCCUCUACCUCGAGGAACUCCUCGUCCCCAACCAGGAUGCCAUGGUCGGCCUCCUCUGUUCGCCCCCUGCCUCGACAGGAGCUCCGCCAUGGCCGCCCAGGGCUUUCUCUUGCCUCGAUCCGUCAAGCCCACCGCUGGGAACGACCUCCACCUCCCAGGGCCCCGGCGACCUCACCGUCCGGGCCUCCUCCGCCUCGCCUUCCGCACAAGUCCCUCGCCGACGCUCCCAGUUCUCGCUGCUGCCGCUGCUUCCUGUCGAGCAGGAGCCUCGACCCCAAGCUCCUCCUCUGCUUCUUCCCGGCGCGCCUCCGCCCCUUCUCCGGCCAAGUCCGGUGCCCCGUGGCCGGAUCCGCCGUCGCCUGCUUGUCGGUAGCCGCCGCCAUGCCCGCGACCCCUGCUUCCUGUCGCCAUGGCGCCGCUGUAGUUCUUCUGCAGUUAGAUGCAGCAGCGCUGCAUCGAGCACACGCCCGCGCCGCCGCGUGGGCUUCGUCGCCCUUCACCAGCAAGCAGGCCCAGCAGGCCCAGCGCCCCCAUCCAGCCUCCCUCUCCAAGCCGAACGGGCCAAGGCCCACUUGGUGA